AUGGCGUCCAUCAUACCCACCGGAAAGGACCUCCAGGACCUCAUCUCAGGCCCUGCAGACGUCGAGUGGAAGUACGACAUGCGCCACCAAUGCCAGGAGAUCCUCCCUGGCCUCCUCCUCGGCCCCUUCGUCGUCUCAAAGUCCCUCGAGAGCCUCCGCAACCUCCGCAUAACACACAUAGUCUGCAUUCGGGACGCAAAAGAGGCCUUCUCCGUGCGCCCCCGCUUCCCAGAGGCCUUCUCCUACCUCGUCCUCGACGUGCAGGACAGCGAGGAGCAGAACCUCAUCCGCCUCUUUCCGAAAGCCCGCGAAUUCAUCAAUGCCGCGCUCGCACAGGGCGGUCGCGUCCUCGUCCACUGCAACGGCGGCAUCAGCCUCUCGCCCGCGUUCGUGAUCAUGUACGUGAUGCAGCAGUGCCAGAUGUCCUGGGAGGACGCGCUGCACAUGGUCCAGAACCGCCGGUACUGCAUCUCCCCCAACGCCGGCUUCCUCACCCAGAUGAAGGAGUACGAGAGCAUAUACAGGGCCGGGCUUGCUGUCUCGAUGUACUCGAAUGCCCAGCGCGAUGCCCCACGACGAAAGCGAGAGCUGGAAGAGGACGAGGACGAGCGAGAAGACAAGCGAAUCAUCCUGAUGGAAAGUGCCGUGAUCGCGCCUGAUCCGAACGCGAUGGACCAUUCAUGA